AUGUCAGGAGAUCUUGAUCUACUGUCUGGUAUGGAAGAAAAAACACCAGAUGACUGUAAAGCAAUUCUGCUCAUAAUUUCCAAGAAAGAUAACAGGACAUAUUGUGAUAAUUACCCAGGAAUCAGUCGGUGUCGUUUCAAUCGACAGCACACCAUUUGUUGUUCAUCGAUUUUGCAGAUGUUUUCAAUUCAGUUGAUACUUUGGAUGGUAUGUAACGGUAUUUUAGAGAAGACCAUUCGACUAAUAAAAGCAUUUUAUCAGCAUACAUCGGCAUGGGUUUGUAUGUGGGGAAGUGAACAGACUGCUUCGAAAUAA